AAACUUCAGGAAACGAAAGCGUUUGGUUAGAAAACGGUCUUGUUGUUACAAACGGAUUACUUACUGGGGAUUUCUUCGCUUAGCUUUACAUAAUUAAUCAGCACCGAACAAAGCAGCCAUGACAUCUAAAGGUGCCAAAGAGACCAUCGUCACCAGGUUGGGUUUCAAGUCGAGCAGCUCUGCCUCCAAGGCUGAGGCGGAGCUGGAGAAAGUCAGAAAGGAGAACUCUCACCUCAGGAAAAAGAUUGAUGAACUGGCCAAACGACACAUCAAACCACCUGACUCAGACAAAAGCAAGCUGCUGGAGAGGAUUCUUUCUCUUGAGACGCUGCGAGAGAGAAACAAUCAGCAGUUGCUCGUUAAAGAGCAGGAGCUAGAAACAAUGAGACAGCAGCUGUCAGCCAGAGGAGGAGAGGUGGUAGCGUCACUGCAGGCCCAGCUGGAGAUAAGGAGGAAGGAGACGGAGCAGAAAGAUACGUUGCUCCAGGAUUUGUCACAAGAAACGGGGAACCUGAAAAACCAGCUGGCCACUCUUUCUGCCCGGUGCCAGUCCCUGGAAACACAGGUGGUGAAUGGACAGGUACCUCCUGCAGACUUGGCUUUGGUACAAGAUCAACUGAGAGAUGCUCUUGAGAAGAACCAGCAGUGGCUGACAUACGACCAGCAGAGAGAGGUCUACGUCCAGUCUGUCCUUGCUCGCACACAGGAGCUGGAGCAGCAGCUGGCUCAGGCAAAGCAGCAAUCCAAACAAGAGGCCACUUCAGAGGGGGAAAAAUGCCCAGAAAAGGACAAUCAGCUGAAGAGCCACUAUGACCAGUUGCUGUUGGGGGUACAGAAAGACCUGGAGAGGCAAAAAGAUGAGGUCACCAGAAGCCAACGGGAGCUUAAUGUGCAGAGGGAACAGACCGUGAAAGCUCAGGCGGAGCUGCAGUCUCAGAAGGAGCAGGUCACCAGGCUCCAGGAGGAGAUGUCGACACUGCAGAGGAGGUACGAUGACAAGUGCAGCGAUCUGACGACCUUCUUGAGAAAGUACGAAGAGAGGAGCAAAGAGGCCGAGGACGCCAAGAUGCAGCUGCAGGCAGAGCGACAUGGCAGCAGACAUGCAGCGUGUGAAGAGAGAAAAGCAUUGUCUGAGCGGUCAGACAGGAUGAGAAUGGAACUGGAGAACAUGGAAAUCAGAUUGGAGGAAGAGAGGAAGAGAUCUGCUGAACUUCUACAGCAGGUAAAUAUGCUGCAGAAAUCUCUUCUGAGCCAAAAUGAAGAAGAGAGGAGAAUCUCAGCACUGGAGCAACAGAAUUCAAAGUUCUGUGACUUUGUGGACAAACAGACUGGAUACAAGACUAAAUGCAUGCUCACUUUCCCUCUGAUGGCUGAAAAAGAGUGCCUUGGAGUAGUCAUGGCACUAAACAAAAUAGGAGCUGACACAUUCUCUGCAGAGGACGAGAAGCUCUUCCACAAGUACAUGAACUUUGCCCAAGUCAUCGCCCUGCAGCAUUACACAGCCUACAUGUUCAACGUGGAGUCCAGAAGGAGUCAGGUGCUGCUCUGGUCAGCCAGUAAAGUAUUUGAGGAGUUGACGGACAUUGAGAGACAGUUCCACAAAGCGCUCUACACUGUCAGGAUCUAUCUAAAUUGUGAACGAUAUUCUGUUGGUCUGUUGGACAUGACCAAAGAGAAGGAAUUCUACGAUGAAUGGCCGGUGAAACUGGGAGAUGUGGAACCCUACAAAGGACCAAAAACACCAGACGGCAGGGAAGUCAUCUUUUACAAGAUCAUUGACUACCUCCUGGAAGGCCCCAAAGAAGAAAUCAAAGUCAUACCUGGUCCGCCUGCAGAUCACUGGGCUCUAGUAAGCGGCCUACCAACCUAUGUUGCUGAGAAUGGCUUUAUUUGCAACAUGAUGAACGUGGUUGCAGAUGAUUACUUCACUUUCCAGAAAGAGGCUGUGGACGAUACAGGCUUUGUCAUCAAGAACGUUUUGUCGCUGCCCAUUGUCAACAAGAAGGAAGAAAUUGUUGGCAUCGCCACUUUCUUCAACCGGAAAGACGGCAGGCCAUUUGAUGAACACGACGAACAGAUCACUGAGGCUCUGACACAGUUCUUGGGUUGGUCUGUGCUGAACUGCGACACCUAUGACAGGCUGAACCGUAUGGAGUACAGGAAAGACAUCGCCCAGGAGAUGCUCAUGUACCAGACCAAGUGCACCACAGACGAGUUGCAGUCCAUUCUGAACACAAAGGAGAAGUUUGACGCAGACCCUGAAGAUUGUGACACGAAAGAAAUGUACAAACUAUUGAGAGGAACCUGCCCGCCAGCUAACAAUGUCAACGGAGAGGAUCUGUACUUGUUCUCCUUCAGUGACUUCCCCGUCACAGAGCACGGCCUCAUCAAAGCCGGCAUUCGCAUGUUCUUUGAGCUUGGAGUUGUUGAAAAGUUUAAAGUUCCUCCAGAGACGCUGACCAGGUGGAUGUACACAGUGAGGAAGGGUUACCGAUCCAUCACCUACCACAACUGGAGGCACGGCUUCAACGUAGGCCACACCAUGUUCUGCCUGCUACAGACAGGAAGGCUGAGGAAGUACUACUCUGAUCUAGAUGCCUUUGCCAUGGUGGCUGCCGCUUUCUGCCACGAUAUCGACCACAGAGGGACCAACAACCUCUACCAGACAAAGAGUGCACAUCCUCUGGCUAAACUUCACGGCUCCUCCAUCAUGGAGAGGCACCAUUUGGAGUUCAGCAAGACACUCAUGGCUGAUGAGAACCUGAACAUCUUCUGCAACCUCCAGAAGCGACAGUUUGAGAAUGUGCAGCACUUGUUUGAUGUCUGCAUCAUCGCCACUGAUCUGGCUCUUUACUUCAAAAAGAGAACCAUGUUCCAAAACAUUGUGAAUGCUACGGAGCCAAUGCCAGAGGAAAAGGACGCCAUUGCCUUUAUCUCCAACAACCCCACCAGGAAGGAAAUCAUAAUGGCCAUGAUGAUGACAGGCUGUGACUUGUCAGCUAUCACCAAACCCUGGGAGGUACAGAGCAAGGUGGCUCUGAUGGUCGCUGCUGAAUUCUGGGAACAGGGAGAUUUGGAGAGAAGUGUUUUGGACCAACAACCAAUUCCCAUGAUGGACAGAAACUGUUCCGAACAGCUACCCAAGAUGCAGUGUGGUUUCAUCGACUUUGUGUGCUCAUUUGUGUACAAGGAGUUCUCCAGGUUCCACAAAGAGAUCAAGCCCAUGUUUGAUGGUCUGAACAACAACAGGGCACACUGGAACGAGCUGGCUGAGGUAUACAACGCAAAGAUGAAGGCCAUUGAGGACCAGAAGAAGAAACUAGAAGAAGAGGAAGCCAAGAAAGCCGGGGGUGAUGGGAAGUCAAAGACCUGCACCAUCUGCUAAGUUCCUCUGGCGCUUGGAUGUGGACUGAUGCAGUCUGGUUAGGACUUAUCGAGGCUGCGCUAGCCUAUUCUGAUCUGACAACUAGUCUAGUUGGGGCUUGACGAGGCCAGCUCGGUCUGGUCUGAUCUACACCAGCGUAGUUCUCUCUGGUUUAGGUGCUGUCCGCCCUGGUGCAGUCCAGUCUAGCCCUGUUUGGCCUGGUCUGGCUCAGUCUAGCCUACUGUAGUCUAGUGUAAUCAGGUCUGGUCUGCGGUCCAGACUGCAGUCAACUAUUCUCCAAGGAGCGACGAGUCAGAAACAUCACAAGAAGCAAUGUUGGGACUCUGACUGCAAGAGAAGAGUGUUUGUCUCGGACCACGAGACAUGUUGGAAACUUCGUACAGCCAUGAACUUUUGAAAAAUAUAUACAUGGACAACAUUUAUUUCCCUUUAAUUUAGCAAUAAUUGAAACAUUCCUGACAUGUAUGUUUAAAACCAUGGUUGGAGAAACUGUAUGUUCCAAGUCAAACUCUUCAGUAAAAAUAGCACAAGUAGGGGACGGCAUGUGCUGCAUGUGGGGUGUAAACAUGCCAAAGCAAUAGUUUUUACACAGUGUUCCCAUUGGCAGUCAGUUACCACACAGAGUAGUAGUGCGGCAGACUGUGAGUGGAGCGUGGGUGGGCAGGAAGGGUCAAUAACCACAUAACUUUAUACUUACUGGGGGGAGAGGAAUGGGGGUAAUGUAUUGUUUUUGGUUAGCGCAAGUUGUGGAAUUAAUUCCUCGAACACGUGAGCAGGAAUGUGCAAUCUGAAGGAUCAGUUAAUACAGACCUUUGAAGCUCAGAUACACUGACAACGUGCAAUCACCAAGGGCUGAUGUUCUCUUACCUCCGAUGAGUUGUGCGAGGGUAUAUUUAUGUUAAUAUGCAAUCUAUCUAUAUACAUAUAUUUUUUUGUCUGACAAUUUUGUACUUGAACUGUCUUCGCGGAUGGAGAGUCUUGAGACGAGCGUUGAGAGAGGGCGUUCUGAAUCUGAACAAAUGCACUCUAAAAUCACAUUCAGGCAUCGAGAAAAUGUAUUGAAUGUGUGCAACUUUGUUGUCAGCUUUGAAAAAGAAACACCUGUAAGCUGUUAUCCUCAUGUCCAACAACCUGGAAAAAUAACUUUAAAAAAAAAAAUUAUAUUUACACCAGUGUUUUUAGAGCAAAAUUACAAUUAAAAAAACGUCUUUUAAAAGUGCAUAAUUUCACAUG